AUGCAGGAACCAGAAAUCUUUGAGCAGCCGGUGGUCAGCAAAGAUCCCGAAGCACACCCCGUCGGUGACGAUCACGGAACGUAUGGAGGGACUGUCUACAGCCACGGAGUAGGGACAACGACUGCCGCGGAUGAUGAUGCGAGUGACUACCGCGACUUUGUGUACCCUGAAGACAGGAAACUUGGGACAUGGUCGACCGCGUUUCUGAUCAUCAACCGUGUGGUCGGGGCCGGGAUAUUUUCGACACCGUCACGCAUCAUAUUCUGCCUCGAUAGUGUCGGCGCGGCGCUGCUCUUUUGGGUCCUGGGUGGGGUGAUGACGUUCUGGCUUUUCGUCUACCUCGAGUAUGGCACCGCUCUGCCGCGAUCAGGUGGCGAGAAAGUCUAUUUGGAACGUGUGUACAGGAGGCCCAAGUACCUGGCCACAUGCGUUUUCGCAGUAGUCCAGUUUGUCCUCUUUGCCAUCUCCACGGGAAACUGCAUCAGUUUCAGCAGCUACCUUUUGCGCGCUGUCACACAGAAACCACCCGAAGACGGGAGUUGGCUGAACAGGGGAAUUGCCGUCGCCACUAUUACUGUGGUCUGCCUUAUCCACGCGUUUGCCCCACGCUGGGGCAUCUGGCUCAGCAAUGGCUUUGGCGCCUUCAAGCUCAUCAUGCUCAGCUUGCUUGUCUGCACGGGUUUCGCCGCUCUCGCCGGAAGAACGGUAGCCCCGCGACCCGACAACUUCUCAAGUUUCCGUGGAGCGGGCUCUUCGAGAAGGCCCGACGAAGGCUCUGACGCUGGCGGAGCCGCGGGGGGCUACUCGAUUGCUCUGCUGCAAGUGCUCUACUCGUAUAGCGGCUGGGAGAAUGCUAAUUAUGUCCUUACCGAAGUCAGAAGCGCACCCAGGACUCUGAAAAGAGCAGCGCCCAUAUCUGUCUCGGUCGUUACCGCGCUGUACCUCCUGGCUAACAUUUCCUAUUUUGCCGCGAUGAGCAAGGAGGAAAUUGGGAACGCCGGCGUCACCGUGGCGGCCCAGUUCUUCGAGAAUGUGUGGGGCAAGAGUGCCUUCGUGGUCAGAGUGAUGCCUCUUUUCAUCGGCCUGUCCGCUCUCGGAAACGCAUUUGCGCAGUCUUUUGCUAUGCCCCGAGUCAAACAGGAGCUAUCCAAGGAGGGUAUCCUACCGUGGUCUCGCUUCUGGGCCAGCGACUGGCCAUUUAACGCACCAACCGGAGCGAUAUUCUUGCAUUGGAUUUUCAGCACCAUCUUCAUCCUCGGGUCCAAUACGCCGGACGUCUACGUCUUCGUCACCAACAUCUUCAUCUAUUCUGGUAACUACAUCAAAUUAUUCCUCGCCUUGGGGCUCGUCUAUCUCAGCUUUGCCCCCUCCGAGAGGUGGGCCGAGCAGCGCACAAACUUCCGCAGCUCGCCGCUGCUGACGAUAUUCUGGAUCGUGGCGCUCCUGUUCGUCCAGGCGGCGCCCUUCAUCGAGAACGACUUUCUCCAGAACGUGCCGUACUACGUGUUCCCCACGCUUGGCACCAGCCUGCUAGUCAUCGGCACGGCGUACUGGCUCGUGUGGGCAAAGGUGCUGCCGGCCUUUGGGUACCGGAUCCAGCAUGAGAUUGUGCAGAUGCCGGACGGCAGCGAGAGGGUCAAAUACAAGAGGGUCAAACCCAAGAAGCGGAAGAAGCGAAAGCAGGGGCAGUGGACUCGACAACGGAGACGGUCUGUUUGGUAAUAAGGUUAAUAUUUGGGACUGAUACAAGGGAAUGGAGUUUGGGUUAUCGCGUUUAUGUGAUCCAUCCAUUAGAAAAAUUUGAACAGCGUGUUUGAU